CCCACGAGUACACAGAGAAUCGACUGCAAACUGAUGCUCAUAGGCGAAGGACACGUUUCUUUAGUAGGAACUUGUUUCCAACAUGUCUGUGAUAACAGUACGUGGAGUGAUAUGUCUAACGAAAUCCAUUAUAAUGUUUAUAUUAUCCUUGGACGUCUAUCUUGAAGGUGUAGAUGGAUCUCCUGCAGAAGUACAACAGCACCUGGAAAUGGGGAAGAAACUUCUAGCAGCAGGUCAGCUGGCCGACGCUCUGUCACACUACCAUGCUGCAGUGGAUGGAGAUCCAAAUAAUUACAUGACAUAUUUCCGCCGUGCCACAGUGUUUUUGGCUCUUGGGAAAUCCAAGUCUGCCCUUCCAGACCUUGACAAAGUUAUACAGUUAAAACCAGACUUCACUGCUGCCAGAUCUCAGAGAGGAAAUGUAUUACUAAAGCAGGGAAAUCUAGAUAUGGCCAAGGCGGACUUUGCUAUAGUGUUAUCCAGAGAUCCAACCAAUGAAGAGGCAAACCUUAAUAUACAACAGAUACACCCAUUACAAAGUAGUAUAGAAGAGGCAAAACGCUUUUUUCAUAUGAGGGAGUUUCAGGCUUCUAUAGACCUGCUGACACAGGCAAUCGAGGUAUGUCCCUGGGAUGUGGAGCUCCGGGAGAUCAGGUCAGAGUGUUACAUGGCCCAGGGUGAUUACUUUAAGGCCGUCGGAGAUAUUCGGUCCACAACCAAGCUCCGCAAUGACAACACACCAGCCUUCCUCAAACUCAGCCUCCUCUACUAUGACAUGGGAGACGCAGAGAAUUCUCUUCUAAAUAUACGAGAAUGUUUAAAACUUGACCCUGAUCAUAAAGCAUGUCAUCCUCAUUAUAAGAAAGUAAAGAAGCUAGUCAAACAGAUACAGUCGGCCCAGGACUUCAGAAAUGAGAAACGGUAUGAAGAAUGUAUAUCCAAAGCUCAACAGAUGCUUACUACAGAGCCGACUGUCACACUGUACAUCAUGAAGGCCAAGUCUUUCUUAUGUCACUGUCGUUCCAGGGCGGGACAUAUAGAGGAGGCGUUUGAUAUCUGUAACGAGAUUCUAAAUUUGGAGCCAGAAAACAUAGAGGCUCUUAUGGAUCGGGCCGAAACCUAUAUAUUUAAUGAACAGUUUGAUCAAGCUGUGAACGACUUCCAGUUUGCUGUAAACAUAGACGGUGAUAACCGACAAGCAAAAGAAGGCUUAGAUAAAGCUCAAAAAUUACUUAAACAGUCACAAAAAAGAGACUAUUACAAAAUUCUAGGUAUAAAAAGAACUGCAAGAAAAAAAGAAAUAAUGAAAGCAUAUAAAAAAAUGGCGAAGAAAUGGCAUCCCGAUAGAUAUAAAGGAGAUGACAAGAAAAAGGCGGAGAAAAUGUUUGUAGACAUCGCAGCGGCUAAGGAAGUCCUCACCGAUCCAGAAAAAAGGCAGCAGUUUGAUAAUGGUGAGGAUCCGUUAGACCCCGAGCAGCAACAGCAUGGUGGUGGCCAUCCCUGGAACCAGGGCUUCAAUCCGUUCGGAUCAGGCGGCGGGGGCGGUGGCUACAACUUCAAAUUCCACUUCAAUUGAUGAUGGCACAUAUUAAGUAGAAAUUAUUUUCUUAAAACCGUAUUGAAUUGGUUUUUAUACUGUUAUUGAUGCUUGUAUUGAAAGGAUAUUUUCCAAUUCUUCAUUCCAAUGCAAAAUUUUCUGAAUUAUUUUUUGGUCAAUAGUUGCCUUAUCAUCAUAUAUAAACAACACAAAACUGUAUGUUAGAGGUUUUGUAUUAAUAGGGAUUAUAUCUGCUCAGAUAUUUUGUAAAGAUAUCUCAAUUUUUUAGUGGGGUUCCCUUUUUGAACACUUUUUGAUGGGUGAUGUACUUCCAUAACAUUUUCUACUCUCAAGGAGUAACCGCUAAAAACCAGUGAAAUACAGUGUACAGCUCAGUAAAAUCUUGUCUCAUCCAGACCCUGUGUAAUCUGAUAACCUGUAUAAACCAGACCAUCAGCUUGGUCACACUCUAUAUGUUUCUAGUCUGAAAACUUUUCUGUCCCGGGGAAAAUUUUGGUUAAAUUGUUAUUUUUGAAAGUAAAAAGUUAACAUGAAAGAAAUCUGAAAAAUGUUUCCAUACACUUGUACCAAUCCGUCCUCGUGAUCUGGAUCAUUCUUACGUUUGGCUUGGACAGAUUUUACUAUGUGAAUUUUUAGGAAUAACUAACUAAAGACUUUAGUACAUGGUGUUUUUCAUUCUGAGAUACUCGCUAAAAACUCUUCAACAUUGUUGUUCAACCUACUAUUUUUUUUCUCCAUUUUUUUGUGUGUGACCAAACUAAACCAAUUUUAUAACCAAAGUGAUUGUUCCAUUUUGUACACCAAUUUGGGUUUUGUUUCUGUGUUUUAAGUCUUUCCUGUUGGUUUGCCAGAUUGUAGAGUUGCCAGGUUUCCAAAGCUCCCUAACUCAUUCACCCCUGAAAUUUGAUAAUGAACUAUUCCAAUCUUUGAAUUAGAAGGGUUCAAAUGUGUCUUCAGGGGUGAACGAGUUAAAUCAAGUCAUAUUUGAAGCAAAAUGAAAAUCUCUAAAUUUGAGGUUUGUUUUCCCAUCACAAACACUGUUUCAACAGAUAUUUUAUGAACUGAGAAUUUGAAAUUGAAACCCUAUCUACGAAUAUGAGUCAAGCCUUGUUACAGAGAACAUAUAUCUGUAAUAAUUUAUUGUUUAUGAGUGAAUUCAUUGUGAAAAUGACGACAUAUGUUUUGAAAGUUAUAGUUUUUAGUAUAUGUAUGUAUGUUUGUGCUUUGGUGAAUUUGAAUGGAUGGAAAUGAUUAAACAAUGUGUCCAGUAUAAUUCUCAGAUUGAGAUGAAGAUCAUCCUGUUUUAAGGUACAGCAACACGAUAUUACACUGAAAUCAAUGUAGAACCUGGGAUGUUAGGUUUAUUCAGGAAUACCAGAUUUUAGAACUGUUUUUCUUGAAUUCCAUUCCAGCUUUUUUGUCUGCUCUAGACUGAUAUUUUAUCUAACCAAGCAGUUUUGAACUAUAAUAUCAAGUAGUAAUAUCUAUAUAUUUUUUAAUAGACGGCUUAUUUCUGUUUUUGUUACAAAACAACCCCUAGGUAUCUUUUCUGUGUGGUUGUGUCUUUGCUGCUUUUUGUUUGAAGGAUCAGACAGCAGAUUCAUUAAAUUAACCUGAGCCCCAUGUUGGAGUAAUACAUAUAGACUGUAUACUGUUUGUGUUCCAUGCUAAUAAAUCUGUAAACUAUGUUUUAUGAAUGGUCAUUUGGAUAGGGUAAUUAAGUAAUUUAGGACAUAUUACAAAGUAUACCAGAAUAUAUCUGCAUUUUUUUUAAGUUAAGGGAGAUAACUCUUAUCAGAAUUUGUAAUGUGAAAUAUAGCAUACAAAGUAACUAUAAAGUCAAAUAUCUGGAGCUUUGUGUAAAAAUAAAGUGGAUUUUUUUUUGGGGGGGGGGGGGUGUAAAAUUAUAUAGAAGAGGAAUACAUCCAAGUUAAAGAAAAUUAAGAAAUUAAAAAACACUAAAUUCAUCCAAAAAAAAAAUAGCCUUGAUCACAUCAUGUAAGUUAACUUAAGACAUAGAUUAUUAUGGUCACCUAGAAAGUCAAAUAAAUGAAAUGAUAUAGAAAUAAAAUGUCAUCAUUUUAAUGAAUUUGGAUGGUAUUGGUCGUUGUUUACCUGAAACAUUUUUUGCCAUUGGUCCAGAAGGUGAAUUAUACAGGAAAAAAACCCCAAACUGUUAGCUACUUAACUCAUCAACCCCUGGAGACAUAUUUGAACUCUUCCAAUUCAAAGGUUGGAAUAGUUCAUUAUGAAACUUCAGGGGUGAAUGAGUUAAAGUGAUUAAAAUUUCCAUCAGGAGGGUCAAUCAGCAUUCAAUGAGAAAUAUUUUGAAAAAUGCAAGGACGGAAAUUUGGAUGUGAAAUAUUACAGUCCAACGUAUGUACACAAGUACUAGCUAUAGCCUCGUCUGUCAAUACACCUAUAAUAUAAUGAUUAUAUUAUAGGUGUAUUGACAGACGAGGCCAGUACCUGUGGUAUGUGUAUGCUGAGCUAUUAAAGGUCAGUAAUGUACUAAAGUGAAAUCCAUGUUUUCAGUGCUGUAGAUUUUUGUGCAUGUUCAGUACUGUUGAGAGUGUUCUCAAAAAUUGUAUCGAAUGCUUUAUACCGUCUUUUCGUAUUGCAGAGUUAUCUGCUCUUGUGAGUAGGUAUUGAUUGUUACGUCAUUAGUUUGUGUGAGAAAAUUACAUCGUUUUCUCAAAAAUUUUUGACGUUACUCUCACAAACAAAUGAUGUAACAAUCAAUAACUGCUCACAAGAGCAGAUAAAUCUGCAAUACGAAAAGACAGAAUAGUUUUAUCGGGAGCUAGCAUUGUCUCUGGCAGUAGUACAGAAAAAAUGUCUUCUUUCUGCAAUUUUUUAUCAUUAUCAGCUUAAUUAAAUUGUAUGUGUCUGUUUCCUAUUGGUUCACUAAAAUAAAGAUAUUUUUUUAAUAAAAGCAGUUUUAAUUUUGAUUAUUAAAAAGAAAAUUUUGUAAAUGAUAUUAAAAUUCAUGGCUUCGAUUAUUUAUUGAUUGAUUGCUUUUAUGAAAAUAAUAAUUUAAGUCUUUGGCCUGCAUAAUUAUUGAAAACUUGCAUCUGGCUGUCUUUAUGUACCGAAUAUCUUAAAUCCAAUUAUUGCAUCGGAAACAUCAUUGUUAUUAGACAUUAUGUAUCUCAGGUUAGCAAAAUAGAAGGAAUUUUAUUAAAUGCUUAUUGUUGCAUUAUAUGCUGUCAUUCAUGUGACGAUCUCAAUUUGCAACCAAUCAUAUUCUUUGAAUCAUCCUGUAAACGAAAUGUAACAAUAAUUUUCCCUGCAGUAUAAUUGCUUGUUAUUAGUAUGAGCAGAGUUAGACAGCCAAUAUCACAAGAUCUAAAGAAUCGAUUAACUUAUAGACACCAAGUUUUUCAAGAAAUGCUGUUAAAUAGCAUUAAUUGAUAUACAGAAAAAACUCUUCAUUCCACCGCUAUUUGUCCAGAUAAACGUUGGCUGUAUAAAGAGGUUUGGCAAUAAAUUGAGGGAAUUGUUUAAAGGAAUUCUUUUAAAAAGAGAAAAAUUGACAUUGCAAUAUGGUGGCAGUACUGAGCAAAGGCAAAGGGAAGAGGGGCAUUAUAUCAAGAUUUUACUUCACUGUAAAAAUAUGUAUCUGUGUAUAGUCGCAAGCUCUAUGUUAGGGCAAUAAAUCUUUAAAAAAUCAAGGAAUUACAUAAUAAUUGUGAACCAAAGACAUCUCCCUUGCGGAGAAAUAAAAAUCCCUAGAACUGCCUUUUGGUUUGUUGGUACAUAUAUGGAAUAAACUAAAUUUGAUAAUGUAUUUGUGUUAUGUCAGUAAUGCUCCAGAAAAGAUAUUCUGAUGUUUACUUCUUUGCUUGAUAUUAUUUAAGUUUUUCAUGUUGUAAAAUCCUAAUUAUCAAGAUUCAAAUCGUCCAAUAUAUUUACUUUUUCGAAUACUUAUAAUUAAGAACUUAAUGCAGGGAAAAUUUAAAUACCUUUCACUUUUCCUCAGGAUCUUCGUGAAUUAUUUAGGAUCUUAGUAACGACAUGCUAUUCUUUCCAAAUAACAUUUGUUUAGGAUCUUUAGUGGUGUUCAGUGUCCAAUCACAAAUUUUUAGGAUUUCAGUGACCUAUUUCUGCUGAAAGGCCAUUAGCGCAUAAUAGUGCACAUAAAAUCAUCCGAAUCGUUUUAAAGAAUAAGACCUGGUUGUUUCUGACAAUGUAAUUGAAAUGUCCAUAUUGAUAAAAUUUACUACAUAAUUUUAAACAUACAGAAAUAUUUGUUUUUUUGUUUUUCUCUAAUUGGUCAACUUCAUAAUGUUAUAGGUCAUCAUGGAGUGUUUUGAUAGAGUAAUGAGUUUAGAAGCUUUUUGAAAGACUUUACUGCAAGUUUAGUUUCUAAGUCUGGUGUGUCUGUGAUCUUAUCUAAGUGUCCAGCUGAAACUAAUAGGGGAAAAAAUGGCUGACAUUGACAAGUCAAAUUAAAAUAUAUUAUUUAUUUUGCAAAAGAUGCACUUGUAGAUUUUGCAUAAAAACCAAAUGAUGGUAAAUUUUGGAAAUCAUAUACAGUGAAAAAUAACUAGGACUGGAGUAAAUGAAGAGGUGAGUGAUGAUUGGUCAACCGAGUCGUUUCAAUGGAGACAGGUUCAUCUAUGCAGAAUGUUUGAGAAGUAACUGUGUGUGUUUCCAAGUGAGUGACAAGAGGUUUAAAUGUUUUCAUCACAGAUUUUAUGGUCAACUACUAUAUGUAAAUAAAAUCUUUAUAUAA